AUGUCGCCGCCGCAGUUUCCCUCCACGCGAGUCAAGCUCAGGCCCGGCGGCGACCGCCCCGUCACGGCCGGCAAGAAGCCGUCUUUUCUUUCGCCCGUCGCGACGCCGACCAAGAAGUUCGCUCGCCCGACGUCCACGCCCGACCUCUCCACCGCCAGGCCGCGCCCGCCCGCCAAGGUCGUUACGGUGCCCUCGACGCCCGCCGUCGCGUCACUAGCCGAGAAGAUGGCUCGUCCGGCGCCGCACUCGCACAUCCUGACGGCCCCGUCCGCCGCCGGGACGCACCAGCAUUCGACGCCCAACCUCGUGGCGCACUCCGCCGCCAGGCCCCGCCCGCCGUGCACCUCCAAGGCCACGGCACCUACUACGCCCGACGUCGCGACCCCGGCCGAGAAGGCCUCUCGCCCGACGGCGCCCUUUGCGGCCAGCGCGCCGCGACCGUCAUCCAAGACGACAGCAUCGACGACGCAUGGAGCGAGGAGGCCGGCGGCGCGUCCGGCGUACGAGUUCAUGGCUCCGCGCGGCGCCGAGAGCGUGCACCCGGCGAGGCGUCUUGCGCCCGGGACCGCCGUCUAUGUGCGCACGAGGUUCUUGCAGCUCACCGAGAAGUGCUGCCUCAUGAUCUGGCUGCCGGCGAGGGUCGUCUCCUCCCCCGACGCCUACCAGUGCACCGUCAAGUAUGCCGCCGACCUCAACCCCAUGUUCGCCGGCAAGAUGGUACGCAUGCCCACCCACAACAUUCGUGAGCGCGCCGCCGCCGCCGCCAAGACCGAGCCAAGAAAGAUGGCAACAGCGCCGGAGGCAAAAGACACCUCAUUGUGA